CCCUCGUUCCGGGCCGCUCCGCUCCGCCUACUAAGUUUUCGAGUUCGUGGCAAGCAUCGCCAACCCCCACCACACCCCCCCGACUCCUCGUUCUCUCCCCCUAACCUCUCUCUCUCUCUCUCUCUCUCUCUCUCUCACCCCUAACCCUAACCCUAACCCUAACCCUGACCCUACGCUUGCGCCAUGGCGGGUAGAUCGAAGGGCGGAGCCGCGGCGAAGAGGAAGGCGGACGAUGAGGGAAAAAAGGCGGUGAAGAGGGGGAAGAAGGCCGGGAAGGAUCCUAACCGGCCUAAGAGGCCUCCUAGCGCCUUCUUCGUCUUCAUGGAGGAAUUUAGAAAGCAAUACAAGGAGAAGAACCCUAAGAACAAACUUGUUUCCGUCGUGAGCAAAGCAGGUGGAGACAAAUGGAAAUCCAUGUCGGACUCUGAGAAGGCUCCAUAUGUAGCCAAAGCAGAGAAGAGAAAAGCGGAUUAUCUCAAGAACAUUGCCGCAUAUGACAAAAAGAAGGCUGAGGGUAGUAGUGGAGGGAAUGCGAGUAGCGAGGAGGCGGGAGAAGGAUCUGACAAGUCCAAGUCCGAGGUUGAGGACGACGAACAAGAGAGCGGAGAGGAAGAUGAGGAUGAGGAUGAUGAUUAAAUAGGUAGCAAAAGUAUUUUGGCCUAUGAGGGUAGUGAAAGGGGAAUUGGACUACUGAGGUUACAUUUCCGUUUUAGCUCUCUUAUAGGAUAAGACUCCAGUAGAUGACAAUUAGAGGUAGGAUCCUCUUUUACUAAAAUGUAGAAAAUGCUUACUGUCUUUUUGUUUGUUUUCAUGCCUCCUCCCUAGUGUUCAAAUGCUUUUGUUCACUAACUGCUAAAGAAAGGCUGCUUGUAGGUUUGGUGUUUUGAUUUUUCCUGCCUCUUUUCUUUC